AUGAUGAUAUACCUACUCAUGAUAUCCCUCGAGACUUUCUUAAUGAUGAGGAAAUCUAUGAAGCAAUUGGCUACUCAGUUUGAUUUUGUUCAACUCUCGCCAGAGGAGCAAACUGCAUACUUGAAAGCGGAAGAGUAUACUAAAACGCAUCCUCCAAACUUUCACCACACGAGAGGAAAAUCUUUUACACCAGAAGACGAAUUUUUAAUAAAGGAUCGGGGCAUCGCUGCAUUCGAAUUCGAGCAAGAGCAUGAUCUUCUUUCAGCGCGUUAUUUGGUCGCCGACAGAACCGAGAUUAACUUCCAUAAUAAUGAUACUCCAUAUUCAACCGCUACCUCUGUCUUGAACUACUCACUUCCAGUCAAGAAUAGAACAUUUUCGGAUACCGUCUAUUUCGAGGUCAAGAUAUACGAAUACCUAAGUGGGCCUGCUAACCCAAAUGGCCAUUUCGCAAUUGGGCUCGUGACAAAGCCUUACCCAUCUCAUUUCAGACUUCCGGGGUAUAACUCUUUUUCGAUUGCAUACGAAUCUACUGGCAAUUUGAAAAUCAACAAACCAUUUCCAACCCCACUUCAGCAGCAUCAAGGUGAACAGAGCACAUAUAAUGCACAGGUUUUGCCGCCUCUAGAGCAAUCUGACAUAGUCGGGUUUGGUUACUCUGUCUUAUCGGGAACGAUAUUCAUAACCAGAAAUGGCCGAAAAAUGAUGGACAUCAUGCAGGGUUGCUAUGUUGACCUAUAUCCAGCUAUAGGAUGCUUCUCGACUAAUGCAAAGUUUCUGGUCAAUGUGGGGCAGCUUGGAUUUGUGUGGGUUGAGGCCAAUGUGCGUAAGUAUGGCUUCGUGCCGACACACGAUUUUAAGAAGAUAGGUGGGGACAGAGGAUUAGCAACCCUUCCUGAUUACAACAACAUCAACAAGGAUAAUAAGGACAAAGUUUUAGAGAAGGGAGAGGAGUUACCGCCAGAGUAUCCUGAGGGGGAGUUGGAUUUCUUCGGUCGUUCAUCUCGUGAGCUUAUUCGAGAGGGAACAUCCUCGCGCUAUCUUGAAGUUUCGGUACCUUCGGAGAAAGAUGAUAAGGUGGAUGAGGCUAGUGAUAAUGGAGAACCCAAGGCUUCACUCGAAGGAAGCUCCCCAAGAGUUACUUACGAUCCAGAAGACGUUAUGGAUGAAAGAGAGCGCGACUACGAACAAGCUACGACUCAGAGAGAGGAAACACCACUGGGGGCUGCUAAGAAUAGUGGGGAACUGCAAAAUGCCAGCGAUCUGCCGGUCAUACCUAGUAAUCCAGAACGAUCCUCUUCCAGUUCUUCGCCUUCUGUGAAAAAAAGUGCUAAAAAGAAGAAAAAGUCGAAAGCGAAGUCCAAGAAGAGCGGGCGAAACAAGAAAUAA